AUGAGUGCGGCUCCGAGGAGGAUCCGGUUGAAGCCCUGGCUCGUGGCUCAGGUGAACAGCGGCAGGUUUGCAGGUCUGCAGUGGAUCAGUUCAGAUCAGAGACUCUUCCAGAUCCCCUGGAGACACGCCACGCGCCACAUGCCCACGUCUGAGGAGGAGAACACCAUCUUUAAGGCCUGGGCCCUAGAGACAGGGAAGUAUCAGGAGGGUGUGGACGAGCCUGAUCCUGCCAAGUGGAAAGCGAACCUUCGCUGCGCUCUGAACAAGAGUCGAGAGUUCCAGCUGAAAUACGACGGCACCAAAGACACACCGCUGCAACCCUACAAGAUCUACGAGGUCUGUGAGCAGCACACACACACAGAUGCUGCUGAAGACGACGAAGACGAGAUGCCGAAUCUGAUGGAUCUGACGCUCAAUCCCAGGAUCAGUGACCCCCCCGCCUUCACCUCCUUCCCGGCUCACAGUGACGUGAACCUGUUCACCAACGAGACCUUCGGACCCGCAGUGACCUCUGACCUCCCCAUGACCUCUGACCUCCCUAUGACCUCUGACCUCCCUAUGACCUCUGACCCCCCUCAGCAGGACUUCCAGCCUCAGGGCGCCUUGGGUCCGAUGGGGGUCCAGAACCAGUCCUGCAAGUACGACCUGCUGAACAGCAUCCCGUUAACAGAUCUGGACCUGAAGAUCCAGUACCGCGGCCGGACCGCGGGCUCUCUGACCGUCAGCAACCCUCAGGGCUGCCGGCUCUACUACGGACACCUGGAGCCCACCCCCGAGCAGGUGGACCUGUUCGGACCCGUGGACCUGCAGCAGGUCCGGUUUCCGGGGACGACGGAGCUCCAGAACCAGAAGCAGCAGAUGUACACCAACGCGCUGCUGGACGUGAUGGACCGAGGCCUGAUCCUGGAGAUCGUGGAGCAGGACAUCUACGCGGUCCGCCUCUGUCAGUGCAAAGUGUUCUGGUCCGGACCCGGCGUUCCUGAACAGGGUCCUCCCAACCCCAUGGAGAGGGAGAAGAAGAUCCGAGUGUUCAGCCUGAACGACUUCCUGCAAGGACUCAUCCUGUUCCAGAAGGGAGAAGCUCCGAACCCUCCGCCCUUCGAGGUCUACUUCUGCUUCGGGGAGGACUGGCCCGACAAGAAACCCAAAGAGAAGAAACUGAUCAUGGUGCAGGUGGUUCCUGUGGUGGCCCGGAUCCUGACUGAGAUGUUCUCUGGAGAACUGAACUGGUCCACCGACAGCAUCCGGCUGCAGAUCUCUCACCCGGACGUCAAGGACCAGACGGUGGAGCAGUUCAAGGAGCUGCAGAGGCUCCUGCAGAGCCAGAACAUCCAGGGGCCCUGGACCCCCAACGGACUCUGAACAGGACGGCUCAGCAGAUCCAGGACCAGCACUCGGGGUGGUCCACUUCCUGUCCCACUGUGAACUCUGAGAUCCUGGAUCUGUUCCAGGUCUACAAACGUUUUAACAGAUCGAUCAAUAACCAAAUGUUAAGUGAACAAACUGAGGUCAUCAGCUGAUCGCCCGUAAGGGAACAGCUGAUCAAUGACAUCUGAUCAAUAACAUCUGAUCAAUAACAUCUGAUCAAUAACAGCUGAUCAAUAACAGCUGAUCAAUAACUGAUCAAUAACAUCUGAUCAAUAACAUCUGAUCAAUAACAGCUGAUCAAUAACAGCUGAUCAAUAACAGCUGAUC